GAAGAAGAAAAAGAAGAAAAGGAGUGGGAGCUCCCCUUCAAAGUUCUCGGACUACCGGUUAAAUUUCCCAGACUGCCACGACUUCCCAAACUUCCCCAGCUGCCCGACUGGCUGAGACCCAUCAUCCAGUAUCGCUUCCCCUCCAGCAUCGACCCCUUCACCGAUCUGAUCUACGUGAUCUGGCUCUUCUUGGUUGUGGCGGCGUGGAACUGGAACGUGUGGUUGAUCCCCGUCCGCUGGGCGUUUCCCUACCAAACCCCUGAAAACAUCCACCUGUGGCUGCUGAUGGACUACACCUGCGACCUCAUCUACAUCACCGACAUCCUCGUCUUCCAGCCCAGACUGCAGUUUGUCCGCGGAGGAGACAUCGUGUCUGAAAAAAAGGACAUGAGAGAAAACUACAUGACCACUGAGAGAUUUAAGAUGGAUGUCAUCAGUCUGUUUCCCAUGGAGAUAUUUUACUAUUUCACCGGAGUGAACUCUUUGCUGAGAUUUCCUCGCCUGCUGAAGUACAUGGCCUUCUUUGAGUUCAACGACAGAAUGGAAGCAGUGAUGAAGAAAGCCUAUAUCUACAGGGUGAUUCGAACCUCCACCUACCUGCUCUACUCUCUGCACAUCAACGCCUGUCUCUUCUACUGGGGCUCCGACUAUGAAGGCCUGGGAUCAACCAAGUGGGUCUACAAUGGAAAAGGAAACGCUUACAUUCGGUGUUACUAUUUUGCUGUGAAGACGCUGAUCACCAUCGGAGGACUGCCAGACCCCACCACCGUGUUUGAGAUCUGCUUCCAACUCAUCAACUACUUUGUCGGCGUCUUUGCUUUCUCCAUCAUGAUCGGUCAGAUGAGAGAUGUGGUCGGAGCAGCAACCGCCAGUGAGAACUACUACAGAGCCUGCAUGGACAGCACCAUCAAAUACAUGAACUCCUACAACAUCCCCCGAGAGGUCCAGAACCGCAUCAAGACCUGGUACGACUACACCUGGAAGAUCCAGGGCAUGCUGGAUGAACAGGAGCUGCUGGUUCAACUUCCCACUAAAAUGAGGCUGGACAUGGCUGUGGACGUAAACUACGCCAUCGUCAGUAAAGUUGCCUUGUUCCAGGGCUGUGACAGGCAGAUGGUGUUCGACAUGCUGACGAGGCUCAAAUCUGUCGUCUAUCUGCCCGGAGACUUUGUCUGUAAAAAGGGGGAGAUCGGCAGGGAGAUGUACAUCAUCAAACAGGGGGAGGUCCAGGUGGUGGGCGGUCCUGACCUGCAGACGGUGUUUGUCACCAUCAGAGCCGGCUCUGUGUUUGGAGAGAUCAGUUUGCUAGCGGGGGGCGGAGGAAACCGACGUACAGCCAACGUGAAGGCGCACGGAUUCGCCAACCUCUUCAUCCUGGAUAAAAAGGACCUGGCAGAGAUCUUGGUUCAUUACCCAGAGUCGCAGAAACUCCUCCGCAAGAAGGCAAAGACGAUGCUGACAAAGGACAAAAAGCCGGAUGAGAAGGUUGGAGGUAAAACAGCGGUGGAGGUCAUCCCGCCCAGACCGGACACCCCUAAAAUGUUCAAGGCGGCGCUGAGAGUGACGGAGCAGGCGGGAAUCGAGGGAAGCUUCACCAAACUGAAGAAAGCCUACAAAUCGUCAGAGAACAUGGCAGAGGGUCCUCCCUCCGCCUCUCCGGUCCCCCCUCCGUCUCCGAUGCACCGCCGCUCGCCGAUCCCCCACGCUCAGGCUAAAGAUGACGACGACGCCGUGACGGAGACCGCCGACAGCUCUGUGGUCAUCAGGAUGACGCCACGGAAGGAAGGAGAGGAGCUGCUCACUGUGGAGGUGAAGCCAAGGAAGGCAGAGGAGGAGAAGAAGAAAAAGACAGGGGAGGAUUGAUCCCACCGGAAAAAACUCGGCUUCCCAGAAUGCCUUUCACUGACGUCCAGAGGAGGAAUGUGGGUUUCAGGUUUACCAUCUUUGUGCUUUUUCUCUGCUGGAUUUUCUCUCGGCUUUUAAUGAGGGCUUUCCAUUAACCCUUCAUUUGUCUCAAUGUUUACCUCACAAAUAUCCCCCCCACCCGACUGAUGAGGAGAGAACACAACCAGAAUCUAAUCACAUUCAACAUCAUGAUUCUCAAGAUGAGCUUGAGCUGCUGUUUGAAGGAAGAAAGUAGGACGUAGAAAUGUGUAUUGAAAACAGACAACAGUUAUGAGCGCACUGUUUCUCCAAGUCAACUGUAACAUUACCCAUCGUUUUGUGGACCUUCUUUGAAGCCUCGUGUUCAGGAUUGCGGCCGUCACAAUCCUGAUUCAAUUUCUGCUCAUUGAAUAAACCCUUGUUAGGAGGAACUGAUAGUUACUGAUUAGAUGUAGGACUUUGAAACGCGUGCACAUACAGCACGGGAUAAUGCGAUACUGCCUGGAUCGGUCAAAGAUCUACAAUGACACACAGGAUACUUAGUCAUGAGCUCAUCACUGUUUUAACCCAUUCAUGUCCACACUGGAUUUUCUUUCACGGCACUUAUAGAACCAGCUGAGCUCAGAACAGAUCUGUAAACAUUUUAAAAUUGUUAAAAGUUUGAGGAUGCAACGUAAGCUACUAUUUGGAGUUGUUAGUCAUACGAGUUUUUGAAAUCGUUUCACCCCCGACAAUUGGAUGGGAUAGUCAAACUUCAUAAUUCGACAUUAAAAACUAUGUAUGCACUCGUACAAUCUAGAUUCAAAUUGUUUUUUUAAAGGAGCAAUAUGUAACUCUGACACCUAGUGUUUAAAAUGGGUACU